CUAUCAUGGACAAUGAUCUCCUGACACAAACUAGCACAAACAUCAUGGGUCCAGCACCCAGCGCAUAAAUAGGAUGGAGCUUUCCUCAGCAGAGUGACUUCUCCGAGCCACUUCGAUCUUCAACGCUUCCUUUAACUAGGUACUCGACUUCGCUUCCCGUCUCUUGGACAGCAAGACAAGCCGUUGCACAACACAAUGGGCCGCAACAUUCUUGCCACGGCGGCGCUGGCAAUCUUGCCAUUGGUGAACGCCCAGCAGCCCGGUACCUUGACCCCGGAAGUGCACCCACAACUUCCCACCUGGAAGUGCACAACCAGCAGCGGCUGCGUCCAGCAAGACACGUCUGUGGUGCUCGACUGGAACUAUCGCUGGUUCCACACCGCCAGCGGCACGUCUUGCACCACCUCUAGCGGCCUCAACAGGACACUGUGCCCUGAUGAAGCGACUUGUGCCCAGAACUGUGUGGUCGAAGGCGUCGACUACACGAGCAGCGGCAUCGCAACGUCCGGCAGCACCCUGACCAUGAGGCAGUACGUGAAGGGCAGCAACGGCCAGACCAACAGCGUCUCUCCUCGUGCCUACCUCCUCGGGUCCGAUGGGAACUAUGUCAUGCUCAAGCUCCUGGGCCAGGAGCUGAGCUUCGACGUCGACCUCUCCACCCUGCCCUGCGGAGAGAACGCCGCUCUGUACCUCGGCGAGAUGGACAGAACCGGCGGCCGGAACCCAUACAACACGGGUGGAGCCAACUACGGCUCGGGAUACUGCGAUGCUCAGUGCCCCGUCCAGACGUGGAACAACGGUACUCUAAACACCAACGGCCAAGGCUCCUGCUGCAACGAGAUGGACAUCCUCGAGGCCAACGCCCGCGCCAACGCCUUCACGCCCCAUCCCUGCGCCAACGGCAGUUGCGACAAGGGCGGCUGCGGAUUCAACCCCUACAACCGCGGCUACACGAACUACUACGGCCCGGGCCUGACGCUCGACACGUCCAAGCCCUUCACCGUCAUUACGCGCUUCAUCACCAACGACGGGACCACCAGCGGCAGCCUCAGCCAGAUUCAGCGCGUCUACGUGCAGAACGGUAAGACAAUCCCCAGCGCCGCGCCGGGGGGCGACAUCAUCUCGGCGUCGGCCUGCUCGUCGGCGGCCUCGUUCGGCGGGCUGGCCGGCAUGGGACAGGCGCUGGGCCGCGGCAUGGUGCUGACCUUCAGCAUCUGGAACGACGCCUCGGGCUACAUGAAUUGGCUCGACGCCGGCAGCAACGGGCCCUGCUCCGACACUGAGGGCAACCCGACCAACAUCCUGGCCAACUACCCGGACACGCACGUCGUCUUCUCCAACAUUCGCUGGGGCGAUAUUGGAUCAACAGUUAACGUCCCGGGUGGCGGCGUUUCAAGCUCGUCGUCGUCGUCGACCAGGCCGUCGUCGACGACGACCACGCUCCGGACCUCGACGAGGCCUGUUUCUACCACCACCGUGACUAAGAUUACCACUACCACCUCUGCCGCGUCUCAGGCAACUCAGACUCAUUGGGGUCAGUGUGGGGGUCAGCAGUGGACCGGCCCGACGGCUUGCGCACCCCCUUACGCCUGCAAGACCCAGAACCCCUGGUACGCUCAGUGUCUCUAAGCCAAUCUGCGAGUAACACGGAGAUACGCCCGAGUGUCGAGUGUCUCGGUGUUGUCAUGGGUCGAGGGGGAAUGGAAGACUCAGAGGUCAGGGAAAAGGAAGAAGAAAGGCUUUGAUUCAUAUGUACAUAGUUCCCAUAAGCCGAGUACAUAAACACAUCCAUGGUUUCUGCCUAUUGGCAGACUCAGGUAUGCACAUCACAAUUCUGAAUGAAAGUGCCUGGGCUUGGAGGCUCUCCCAAGACGCGUACAGGCGUAUGUUGGAGAACUGAAAUACAAAU